AUGUUUCAGUGUCUAGUGCAGUACAAAAACCCCUUUUCAUUUUUUAGGGAAAAGAGAUAUGAUGCAAAGAAGCUGCCAAACACUUCAGUAAAAAGACAAAACUAUUCUCGCAGAAUAAAACAAGAGAUCUUCAAACCACCUUCAACAGAACAAAGAAACAAUGUGAAUGAAUAUCACAAGAGAGAUUUUCUUAAAGAGGGCCUAAAAAUUACAAACGCUGGUCUAACAGAAAAACAGUCUCCCAUGGAAAGGAUAAAGUUAGCAGAGCUAAGAAAAGCAGAUAAACAGGUUAUCCCAGCAGAAAAGAAGUCAACCGAGCUUAUCACAGAGGAAAAGAAGUCAGUCCAGCUUAUCACAGAGGAAAAGAAGUCAGUCCAGCUUAUCACAGAGGAAAAGAAGUCAGCCAAGCUUAUCACAGAGGAAAAGAAGUCAGCCAAGCUUAUCAAAGAGGAAAAGAAGUCAGCCGAGCUUAUCACAGAGAAAAAGUCAGCCAAGCUUAUCACAGAGGAAAAUUCUUCUGAGCUUAUCACUGAGGAAAAGUCAGCCAAGCUUAUCACAGAGGAAAAGUCAGCCAAGCUUAUCCCAGAGGGAAAGUCAGCCCAGCUUAUCACAGAGAAAAAGAAGUCAGCCAAGCUUAUCACAGAUGAAAAGAAAUCAGCCAAGCUUAUCACAGAUAAAGAGAAGUCAGCCGAGCUUAUCACAGAUGUAAAGAAGUCAGCUGAGCUUAUCAUAGAGGAAAAGAAGUCAGCCCAGGUUAUCACAAUAGAAAAGAAGUCAAAGAAGUCAGCCAGAGAGGAAAAGAAGUCAGCUUAUCACAGAGGAAAAAAAGUCAAGUCAUCACAGAAGAAAAGAAAGGAAAAGUUAGCCGAGCUUAUCAGAGAGGUAAAGAAGUCAGCCGAUCUUAUCACUGAGGAAAAGUCAACCCAGCUUACCCCAGAGGAAAAGUCAGCCGAGCUUAUCACAGAGGAAAAGAAGUCAGCCAAGCUUAUCACAGAGGAAAAGUCAGCCCAGGUUAUCACAGAGGAAAAGUCAGCCGAGCUUAUCAUAGAGGAAAAGAAGUCAGCCGAGCUUAUCACAGAGGAAAAAUCAGCCCAGCUUAUCACAGAGGAAAAGUCAGCACAGCUUAUCACAGAGGAAAAGUCAGCCCAGCUUAUCACAGAUAAAAAGAAGUCAGCCCAGCUUAUCACAGAUGAAAAGAAGUCAGCCAAGCUUAUCACAGAUGAAAAGAAGUCAGCCCGGCUUAUCACAGAGGAAAAGAAGUCAGCCCAGCUUUUUAAAAAGAAAUUGAAGUCAGCCCAGCUUAUCACUGAGAAAAAGUCAGCCCAGCUUAUCACAGAGGAAAAGUCAGCCAAGCUUAUCCCAGAGGAAAAGUCAGCCGAGCUUAUCCCAGAGAAAAAGUCAGCCCAGCUUAUGUUAGAGGAAAAGUCAGCCCAGCAUAUCACAGAGGAAAAGUCAGCCCAGCUUAUCACAGAGGAAAAAAAGUCAGCCGAGCUUAUCACAGAAGAGAAGUCAGCCGAGCUUAUCUAA